AUGGGUGUGGGACGCUCGGUGGUGGGUGUGCUGGCUCUGCUCGCGGCUGCCUCAGUUGCCAGCCAGCCGCCUCGCCUGACUACCAACAAUGGAGUCCUGGAUGUGACGGCCUCGGAAAUCACGGCCCAGCUGCGUAGCGGUGACACGCCACUGCGCGUGCACAAGGAUGAGCUGCACCUGACUGCCAAUGACAUGGCUCUGGAAGUGGGCCACGUUGACAUAGCUGCAGAUUCAGCGCAAUUGGACGUUAACCCUGGAUCCCCCGAUGCCGUGAGCUUGAGUUACAAUGGUCAUCUCACACAAGAGGCCCAGAUCGACCUGACCGCCGCGCGUGAAAUCAACGUCGAGGCUGUGGGGGUGACCUUUGAAGCCCAAGAGGCCAGUUUUCAAGCAUCAACCAUCCGCAUGACGGGAACAAGUGUGCAAAUGAUCUCGGAUCAACUCCAAGUGACCGGCGCAGGUACACACACACUUGAGGCCAAUGAGUCUAUUGCAGUCAGCAAUAUGGGAGAGUCAGACGGUGUCUUGGUCACUGCAGAGUCGGCAAAUGUUCGUGGUGCUGAUAUCACUGCCACAGCGUCUGAGAGCAUUAGCAUGCAAGGACAAAAGGCAGAGCUGCGCACCAGUGACGCGGCCCGCGCCGUCACCGUCGCCUCGGACGGCAUCCAAAUCACCAGCACCGGCGACGUCCUCCUCCAAGGUGCCCUCAACACCCUCAACGUCACCCACCUCGCCGUCCUCCUCCGCUCCAUGCGCGCCGACGUCGAUGCCCUCAAACAACAGCUCAACGCCACCCGCGAUCAGCUCACACAGCGCGCCGCCCAAACCCAGUCCUCCUCAAACAACAUCGAAGCCCUCAUGUCCUCCAUCAGCUCCCUCCUCGGUACCGAGGACACUCACCUCUCCACCGAGAUCAACCAGCUCAACAGCCAGCUCACCGCCGCUGAACAAGCCCAAACCCUCGUCGUCAACAACGCCGACGCCAACCUCGACCAGGAACUCUCCGGCCUCGAGUCCCGCGCCGCCCAGGUCUCCCGCGCCUUCCCCAGCCUCGAAGACGCCAUCGACACUGCCUUUGACAGCGUCGAGGCCGAGUACGACCGCAUUGGUGACGUCCUGGAUGACCGCGUGGACAGCGUGGCCGAUAUCAUUGAUGACCUCGAGCGCGAUCUGGAGGAUCGACUGGACGACGUGGCUGAUGAGGCCGUGGACGUGCGCGAGGACGUGGCAGAUGCGAUUGAGGACGUGAAGGAUGAUGCGCAGGAGUUUUCGGAGGACCUGGGCCAGGCGCAGCAGGAUCUGGCGAGUGCGGUGGGCGACAUGGUGGGGGAUUUGUCGUCGGCGGCAGCGGAUCGGGCCGAGGUGUCGGCCGAGGUCAGCACGAGCUAUCGAUCGGCUCAGGUGGCCAGCGCCAAUGUGGCUGACAGCGCUGCCGAUAUGACUGAUCUUCGCAGCGAUUUGAAUGGACUUGAGUAUGUGGAUCGGGACACAAUGGCUACAGUGCGCUUGCGCGGCAAGCAGGUUCUGUCCGAUGUGAAUGGCGUCAAGGAGCUUUUGCUCGGCGUUUUGCCAAAGGCACGCAGCCAGUAUUUGAGCAGUCCUGCCGUUUCCUCGGAUUACUUUGGUCGAUCUUGCUCCUUUUACGACGACAUUAUGGCCUGUGGUGCGCCAUAUUACAGCACCUAUGGCUACGUGUUCAUCUACCGCGUCUUCGCAAAUGGAAGUCAACCGGCUCUGAUCCAAUCCAUCACCUGGCCGACCACGACCUCAACACCACCCUACACCGCCAUUCGCUUUGGCGAAAGCGUUGCGCUCAGCAAGAGCUACCUCAUGAUUGGAGCCCCGCUCUAUGAUCAUUCCACGUACUCCUACUAUCGCGAUUGUGGUGCCGUUCUCGCAUAUCGACGCCAGGCUGACGGUACCUUUACCUUUGUCAACCGCUACUCGUAUGUGACUACCUCGUCGACAUAUCGCUACGGUCUGUGUGGCUCAACUCUGAGUAUUGAUGAAGUCAGUCCAACCAGCACAUAUGUCAAUGUGGGCUGCCCGGGCACCUAUUACUACCGAGGUGGCAUGCGCCUCCUGUAUUGGAGUGGCACGUCCUUUUCGAGCCGCACGUUUGUACACACGGGGUAUACCACGUACGAGUAUUCGACAUCGGUGUACAUGAACAUGGGAGUGGCCAAUGCCUACGUGAUGGUUGGAGAGCAAGGUUAUUCGUCUUCGCGGGGUCGCUCUGUCAUUUAUGAGCGCACGUCAAAUUCGUACUACACCUUGCGUUACACGGCCUACCCGCCCACGUCCAGCUCAACCCAAUAUUGCGGUCAAGCGGUGGCGACGGAUGGCAUCAACUUUCUCAUGGGUUGUCCGCGCAGUUCGUAUGCAUCUACAACCACUACCUAUACGGGCAUUGUGGUACAUUACCGCCGCUCGGGAACCUCAUUUUCUCGGGUGGGCACGUUGGAGAGCGACGAGCUCCAAACAUAUGGCUAUUUUGGCUCGGCCAUGGCGAUCGAGCCCUACACCAAGGCCUUGCUCGUGUCCGAGUAUGGCGCCAAUUCUUAUGCCGGGCGCAUUCACGUGUUCAAGCUGGGCACCACCGGUACUUAUGAGCGCGAGUAUUCGAUUGACGAGGUGACAGCCUCGCUCUACCUUGGACGUAGUACGGUGGGAUGGGUGACCAACAGCACCAUCUGGGCCAGCAACGAAUUCGCCUCGAGCAAUCAAGGCAGCGUUGCCCUCUACCAGGAAGUGGAGUAUUUUGAAUCAGCGGAUGCGUAA